AUGACAAGUUAUAUAUGUUUGUUGAUACUCACGGGACAUUUGUCGCAGCAGAUUCUGGUCGAAAUUUUACAACAAAUGAAGGAAUUGGAAACAAAAGGACACGAGGAAGAAAACUUAAGGAUAGAAAGUAAUGAAAGGAACGGACAGAAUGUGGAAAAACAGAUGGUAAAUGAAUAUGAAAUGGAGAGAGGCUUAUGGGAAGACCAGGACACAGUGAAAAAAAAACUGGAAACAAAAGAACACAGAAUAGAGAAGCAGGAAAGAAAACAACAGAUAGAAAGCCUAAUAAUAGAAAACGAUGAAAAAAAAAAGGACUGA